AUGCCUCCAAAGCGGAAACCCGAAGAAAAGGCAGAAGGAGAAACAACAAUCAAAGAGGAAGAAGGAAAUGAAAAACUUAGGGCAACGGAGCCAGCAGGCAAGAAGAAAAGUGCCUGGACGGCAUCUGAAGACGACGCUCUGCUAAAGGCUGUGAUCGAAGAUCAGCAGGAUCGAGAAGCAGAAGGGAAUGGGGAUGAAGAGGAAGAUUGGGACGAGAUUGCAAAGUCAAUUCCAAACAAGACGCCUGUGCAAUGCUUGAAAAGGUACAUGUCUUUGAACAAAAAGGGCCAAGCCAAGGGGGCUCCAGAACCUCAAUCGGUACCAACAAUACCAACAAUACCAUUAGUACCUGUGGCGGCAGCAGCGGACGCACCACCGCGCCCACCACACACUCCGCUUUCAUCAGGCGGGAAGAGCGCUUGA